AUGAGAUGGCAGGCUGCACCAGCACAGGGUACAACUACACAUGUACAUGCAAGUGGGGCUACACUGGAAAUGGAAAAGAGUGCACAGAUACUAAUGAGUGUCUGGACCCCUCGGCCUGCCCCAACGCCAAGUUUAAAUGUGUGAACAUGCCGGGCUCAGUGCGCUGCUCAUGUCGUUAUCAGAACACCAGGGACUUUGAUGACUGUGAAUUGGCAAGCGGACUGAGCGAGUACAGGAUCAAUGCGUCCAGUGACACCCCACACUGGUAUGUCAUGGACUACCUCACCCAAGUCGGUCAGUACUAUGGUAUCUGCUCAGCCUUCGUGGGGGUCAGGUUUGACUGUAAGCACACUGUAAUGUAAAUAUAUAGAAGAACUGUGGUG